GGGCCGCGCUCGCCGGUGUUCUUUCCGCCGCCGAGCAUGGAUGGUAAAUAGAGCUCCCCUCCACUGCCGGUGCCGGACGAAUCCACCGCUGCCUCCCUCCCGCGCCGCCGCCGUCCACCAUGUCAGCUACCCGGCGGCUGGUUGUGCCGGCCUUCAACAAGACCCGAUCCCUUCGCUGCCUCUCCUCGUCCUCCUCCUCAUCCCCGUUGGACCCUUCCGCGCCGAGCGCUGUCGCCCUCCUCUCCAACCUACUCCUCCGCGAGCGUACCCCCUCCUCCGACACGCUCUCCCUCCUACGCGCGGAGCCCGGCCUUGCCGACGAUCUGUACGCCCUCAUCGCCGUGUCCGGGGAGUCCCGCGCCCCCCUCACCCCCGGCUCCCUCGCUAUCCUCCACUCCCUCGCGGCCUGCCACCGUAUCCCUCCUUCCUCCGCGUCACUCCUCUCCCAGCUCCUCGCGCGCUUCUCCUCCCCAGCCGACGCAGCGAGCUUCCUCCGCGACUCCCUCGCCGCGGGCGCGCCGGCGCCGGAUGUCACCGCCUUCAAUACACUCCUCGCCGCGCUUGGCCGCGCCGGCAACCUGCGCGGCAUGACCGAGCUGUUCAUCUCCAUGCGGGGCGCAUCCGUCCAGCCCAACGUCGUCACUUACGGGAUACUUCUCAACGGUCUCUGCAAGGCAGGCCGCGUCGGGGAGGCGCUGAAGGUGCUCGACGGAAUGUCCAGGCCAGGCUCGGACGUCCGCCCGGAUAUUGUCAUUUUGAACACUGUAGUGGAUGGGCUGUGCAAGACCGGGAGGCUUCAGGAGGCAAUUAUGUUCGUGGAUGAGCGGAUGAGGCGCGUGCAUGAGUGUGCACCCAACACAGUUACAUAUAACUGCUUGGCUGAUGCGUUUUGCCGGGUGGGGGAUGUUGGCAUGGCUUGCGAAGUGGUGGGGAGGAUGGAGAAAGAGGGUGUGGCACCGAACGUUAUCACAGUGAACACGAUUGUUGGUGGUUUGUGCCGAGUUGGGAGGGUUGGAGCUGCUCUGGACUUCUUCCGCGAGAAGAGGGCAGCCUGGCCGGAGACCAGGGGCAAUGCUGUGACCUAUAGCACUUUGGUUAGUGCUUUCCUCCAUUGCAACAAUGUGGGCAUGGCCAUGGAGUUAUUCCAUGAGAUGGCAGACCAAGGGCAUCCACCAGAUGCAAUCAUGUAUUUCACCAUGAUAUCUGGAUUGACACAAGCAGGACGGUUGGAGGAUGCUUGCACCAUGAUGGCAUCGAUGAAGAAGGCAGGCUUUAAGUUGGACGCAAAGGCAUAUAACAUCUUGAUUGGUGGAUUUUGCCGGAGGAAAAGGUUGCAUGAAGCCUAUGAGUUGCUUGGGGAGAUGAAAGGAGCUGGUCUUCAGCCAGACGUGUACACCUACAAUAUCUUGUUGUCUUGCUUGUGCAAAGCAGGAGAUUUCUUGGCUGUGGAUGAAUUAUUGGGGAAGAUGAUUGAUGAUGGUUGUCAGCCUUCUGUGGUCACUUUUGGUACACUUGUACAUGGAUAUUGCAAAGCUGGUAAGACUGAUGAGGCCUUAAGAAUUUUCAGGUCCAUGGAUGAGUCUGGGAUUCAACCCAACACCGUGAUAUACAAUACUGUCAUUGACUUUCUCAGCAAGAGCAGAGAUGUUGAUCGAGCCAUCAAGCUGUUUGAUGAGAUGAGGGAAAACAACGUGCCUGCAAAUGUAACAACGUACAACGCAUUGUUGAAGGGCCUUCAAGAUAAGAACAUGGCAGAAAAGGCUUUUGAACUUAUGGACCAGAUGAGAGAAGAGAGGUGCACUCCUGAUUAUGUGACUGUGGAUGUUCUCAUGGAAUGGCUGCCUGAAAUUGGUGAAACAGAGAGAUUAAAAUGUUUCAUGCAGCAGUGGAAUCAAAAGGAUAACCAUGUGAGAGCAUCGGGACCUUAGCAGGCACCAUGAGAUCCUAUGAAUCACCGAUACUUUGCUGACCCUGCCAUACUGGUAUCCGAUACUUUGAUACUCCGAUACUCUCGCUAUAUCACCACUGUGUUUUCCAAAAUCGCGUAUCGCUGUAUUGCCGUACCAGUAUUGCUGUAUCGGUGAUAUAGAUGAGAUCUGUCUUGUUUGUUGGACCAUGAAUGUUGGCAUGAAUUUUGCAUCAGAUUAAUUAGAGUUGCAAUAUCUGUAUUUAAUUCGUAAUGGGAAGAUCACACCAGACUGUGCUGACACAAGAAUUUGAAAACCAUUUUCUAACUCCUAGCUGGCUUACAAGAUGGAUCUGGACUCCCCUGGUUAAAAUUGGCUGCAACCCUGUACACAUGUUUGCAUUCGAUGUUAGGGUUGUAAGGCAUACUGAAUUCAGAGCAACCUUAUCCAGUUCAGUACAUGAGGCUGUGGCAACAAAUCAGGAUUACACACGUAUUGGUCAAGAUGGAUAUACUAUUUUGAGUACUUCCCAGUUGGAGAAAUGCUGUUCUAUUCACCAUACCUCAGCCUCAUCGUUCUUGCCAAUUUCUGUGGUUGGCUUGAGCAUCAAACUUCAGUGUCCAUAUUGGAGAGAAGGGCUCCACGAUUACUUGAUUACAGUCCUAGAGAUGUGCUGCAUCCAUGCUCCAUCACAGAAAGGUAAAUAAGGAGUUGGGCAGCUGGCAAAUUGACAAUCAAGGCACCCUUCCUACAGUCCGUCCACCCGGUGCUGAAGCCUGAAUUUCUCUGAUAUCUACAGUCCACCGGGGCAAGCAUUUUCUCGGAACCUUGUGCUUCCGCUUGGGACGAGGGUGUUAUAAUGUUGACCCUGACGACGGGAAUCGCCGUGCAGCGCUCGCAACACGGGCUCUCGGAGGCAGGAGCAGGACAGAGAGAGCCGUACAAGUCACAGCCUUGCAUGCGUCUCUUUUUUGAAGUGGUCGUAGGUUGUGUUGCCUAACAUGCAUGCUGUUGCUGGCUGCCGGUACCUGGUCAAAUCUCGGGCACCGGCAUAGGGCAAAUCUUCAAGUUGCAGGGAGGUCAGCUGGAACAGUGACGGACGAGCCGCCUCACCCUGGACUGCUACAGUUUACUCGAUCGGGUGAUUUCUCCGAAGUCGGAACGGAAUGCUUCAUCAUAUCUGGACGACGGGGCAGGGCGGCGGCCAGGGAAGGGAGCAGCCCAUGAUGCCUGCGUGCCUGCCUACAACCAACGACAGCUCCACGUCUCCGUCGCCAGGCCAAGCCGUGCAGCACGCGCGACGACGACGAGACGAAACUCGCGGCACAUGACGUAGGUAGGUGGUAGAAGCGGUCGUAGCGCUUGACCCAGCGGGAUGAUCAAAUCUCGUGCACCGGCACGAGGAAAACGCCACAUGAUCUGACAGACGCCAAUGUAGCUAGUGGUUGAAGAAUAUAAUUGUUGUUUGCGUCUU